GGCUCCCUCGGUGAGCAUCCCCGCGCCGCCUGCCCCAUCCUUCCUGAACCUGCUCGCCUCUGCUCACGCCACCUUCGUGCCCCGGACCACCGCCCCCUGCGCUCCAAUUGCCGGGCGCCUCCUCCUCAGCGCCCCCAUCUCCGGCCCCCGCGUCCCCUGGCCGCUCCACCUAGCCGCGCUCCGCACACGCCGCGCUCGUCUGCCAUGGCCCGGGAGAACGGCGAGAGCAGCUCCUCCUGGAAAAAGCAAGCUGAAGACAUAAAGAAAAUUUUCGAGUUCAAGGAGACCCUCGGAACUGGGGCAUUUUCUGAGGUGGUUUUAGCGGAAGAGAAGGCAACUGGGAAACUCUUUGCCGUCAAGUGCAUCCCUAAGAAGGCGCUGAAGGGCAAAGAAAGCAGCAUAGAGAAUGAGAUCGCCGUGCUGAGAAAGAUUAAGCAUGAAAACAUCGUUGCCCUGGAAGAUAUUUAUGAAAGCCCAAAUCACUUGUACUUGGUCAUGCAGCUUGUAUCUGGUGGAGAGCUGUUUGAUCGGAUAGUGGAGAAGGGAUUUUACACAGAGAAAGAUGCCAGUACCCUGAUCCGCCAGGUCUUGGAUGCUGUGUACUAUCUCCACAGGAUGGGCAUCGUCCACAGGGACCUCAAGCCCGAAAAUCUCCUGUACUACAGUCAAGAUGAGGAGUCGAAAAUAAUGAUCAGUGACUUUGGAUUGUCAAAAAUGGAGGGCAAAGGAGAUGUGAUGUCCACAGCCUGUGGAACCCCAGGCUAUGUUGCUCCUGAGGUCCUCGCCCAGAAACCUUACAGCAAAGCUGUUGACUGCUGGUCCAUCGGGGUGAUUGCCUACAUCUUGCUCUGUGGCUACCCUCCUUUUUAUGAUGAAAAUGACUCCAAACUCUUUGAACAGAUCCUCAAGGCAGAAUAUGAGUUUGACUCUCCCUACUGGGACGACAUCUCUGACUCAGCUAAAGACUUCAUUCGGAAUUUGAUGGAGAAAGAUCCAAAUAAAAGAUACACAUGUGAGCAGGCAGCUCGGCACCCAUGGAUUGCUGGUGACACAGCCCUCAACAAAAACAUCCACGAAUCUGUCAGUGCCCAGAUUCGGAAGAACUUCGCAAAAAGCAAAUGGAGACAAGCAUUCAAUGCCACGGCCGUCGUGAGACAUAUGAGAAAACUACAUCUUGGCAGCAGCCUGGACAGUUCAAAUGCAAGUGUAUCGAGCGGCCUCAGCUUGGCCAGCCAAAAAGAUUGCCUGGCAUCCUCCACCCUCUGUAGUUUCAUUUCCUCCUCGGGGGUCUCAGGAGUUGGAGCUGAACGGAGACCAAGGCCCACCACUGUGACGACGGUGCAUACUGGCAGCAAGUGACUGGCUCUGGAGGCAGGGCCCGGGGGCGGGGCCUGGGGUGGAGCCUCAGGAGGGGCCAGGGAAGGGGUGCCCCCACGGCCGCCAGUGCCAAGAGCCCCUCCAGAGCUAUCUCACCUUGCAUGGUGCACCUUCCUGCACAGGACUGGAAGACAGAAGUUUUUUUAUGGCCAUAUUUUAUACUGCAAUUCUGAAGUGUUCAUUUCUCACAAACUGUACUGACUCAAGGGGAGCUGAUUUAAUAGGAUCUGGUGCUGUAUAUAUGAAUCUUGCAAAGCUCUAACUGAACGGACCUUCUUAUUCCUCACCCCAACUCCCUGUCAUUUCCACUCUUCUCAGUGUAGGUAACCGUCUAUGUUGUAUUUUUUCAUUAAUGACAAAAAAGGUUUCAACUGGAUUAUUUAAAUAUUGGUAAAUAUUGUGCAUCAGGUUCUUUUUUUUCUUUUAAGAAGUAUGUCCUUUCUAGUUACAUGACCUCUAUUUUUUAUUCCUCAAUAAGUAGAGAUUUAUGUUAACCCUUUAAAAGAUUUUUUCCCCCUGGGAGGAGAAUUUAAAGGUAUUUUUAAAAAUUCUAAUAAGAGGAUCAAGCAUCUGUCUCCAAGGCUAAGAGCGCACUUUACUUCUAUUCCUUCUCUUUUCCUCCCGUUUCUUGGGAGGGACAGCUAAGUCCCGCAGGGUUGUCUUCUCCAUGAAGUCUUUGUGGGGCAACCUGCAGAAAACCCUUCCUAGCAGCUCCUCCAAAAAACUCCACGCCAACCAGAGACCCUAGUGGCAGCAACUCAUCAGUGGUCAGAAAUAAACCUGCUCCCCCGAGACCCAGGGCUAAAUUUUGCAGGCUGACCUGGCUGUGAAUGAGGUACCCUACAAAGCAAAGGUGCCAGAGCCUCCUUUACAAAAGGAAUGAUUUGCCGUUUUGUUUAAAGGGAACUUCACACACGCAGCUCUUUUCUCAUGAGGGGUAACACAGCUGAAAGCUCUGCUCUCAGGCUAUGCAGUCAGAAAAUUAACCCCUCUCUCUGUGUGUGUUUGUGUGUGUGUGUGUUUUUUAAUGCAAUUCUAAACUAACACUUAAAAUAGCCUCCAACUCACCCAAGUUUUUCCUCCAAAUGUUUGCCCUAUUCUUAGUAUGAAUGCUAUCCGAGGGAGGGGAGAGGGAUGGCUUUGGAAGAGAAUCCAUUUGUCUGGGGUGCUAAGGGAAGGUGACUUGCCAAGCAAGCAGGACACUGGCCACCUCAGAGAUGGCCAUAGAGCACCUUAGCCAGGCCCAGCUGGGCUUGAAGCCAGUCUUGUGAGCAGGGGAAUCUGAAAACCAAAGACCUGUGGUGGUAGGGUCUCCAACCGUCCCAGUUUGCCUGGAACUUAGUCAUUUACCGGGACACCAGACUUUAACUGCUAAAACCAGGAAAGUCCCAGGCAAAGCAGACCAGUUCAUGGAUAGUGGGCAGAUAGAGUGGCCACAGUGUGAAACCCAGGGCAAAACCACUUUUCAAAGAAGCUUCAAUGAUAAGCUCUUGUCGAGCCGAGCAGGUGGCUCCAGGUACCAGCUUUGCAAAAGCCCUCCUGCCCAUCCAGCACCUGUUACAGCCAUCACACCCAUUCAGUCAGAGUCUGAAGUCUUCACAGUCAGCCUUGAACCUGCUGAGGGUCUUGGGAGCUCUGCCUGAUACUGCAACGACUAUCCUGGGGCCGACUUCCCUGGCUGUUGCCCCUGUGCCCUUCUCCUACAGCUGGACAGACUCGGCAGGUCCUGCUGGUCAAAUCAUUUUUGUCACUUCCACACCUUUGCAUGUGUCCAGGCCAAGAUGUUUCAGUAAUGCUCACUCCCUCCCCCCCAC